AUGGCUGCUGAAUCAAGUAAUUUCAUAGCCCCAUGUGUGCCAAUGUUCGAUGGAGAUUAUGAUCAUUGGAGCUUGCUCAUGGAAAACUUACUGUGUUCAAAGGAGUAUUGGAGUAUAGUCCAAGAUGGUUACCAUGAACCAGCAGCCCUUGAAGCAUCAUCCACAGAUCAGCAGAAAGUCCUAAAUGAAGCAAAGCUCAAAGACUUAAAAGCAAAGAACUACCUAUUUCAAGCCAUUGAUAAGUCAAUCCUAAAGACUAUCACUCAAAAGGAGAUGGCAAAGCAAAUAUGGGAGUCAAUGAAAGUGAAAUACAAGGGAAAUGCAAGAGUGAAGCGAGCUCAACUACAAAGACUUCGCAGUUCGUUCGAAGCCUUAGAGAUGAAAGGGGGAGAAUCGGUGAUAAAUUAUUUUGGAAGGGUGUUAGUUAUAGCCAACGACAUGCAGAAUUGUGGAGAAGAUAUGGAUGACGUCAAGGUCAUGGAAAAGAUUCUACGAACACUAACAGAAAAUUUCAAUUUCAUUGUGUGCUCGAUUGAAGAAUCCAAGGACAUCGACCAACUUACAGUUGAUGAGCUGCAAAGUUCGUUACUGAUGCAUGAGCCAAAAGCUAAGGAAAUGAGAGAUUGGGGAAGAGCAAGUUUUUAA